ACAUCCAUACCGUCAGAUUCAUAACUCAUACCUCUUGUAGCAAUAAUUUUUUGAACUCUCAUAUGGGAAAUAAUACCUCCCGAAAUAAAGCUUCAUCUUCGUCAGAAGGUUCAUUUAUACCUCCCGAAAUAUGGGAAGUAAUAUUUGGUAGUGUUCCAGCCGAAGCUUUAAAACGAUUCAAGUUGACGUGCAGAAGUUGGAAUGCUCUGUUGAAAGAUAAGAGAUUCAUCUACGAUCAUCUAGAGCAGGUCCAAGAACAUAUCAUACGAAUCACUGAUAAGGUUCAGAUCAUUAAUCCCGCGUCCAACGCCGAUCAUUCCUCUUUACCACUCCCGAAUGAGUUUCAAGGAAGCGGUAAGCUGUCUGAUAUUGUUCAUUGCGAUGGGUUAUUGCUAUGCAUCUUUCAUCAUCCCAAAAGACUCGCUGUUUGGAACCCUUGUUUUAACCGAGUUAGAUGGGUCACCAAACCUAGGAAAUCUUAUGCAGUUGAUGAUUUUUACGGCAUUGGAUAUGAUGGUGUAUCUCGUGAUAACUACAAAAUCUUGAGAAUUUACAAUAAAGAUAUUUUUGAAGACAACGGGUUCCCCACGGAUAAGUAUGACCCACCGGUUGAGAUCUACGACCUCAAGUCAAAUUCUUGGAAAACUCUUGACAGUCCUUUGGAUUGGUGUGUAUACUCACCGUGCGCUGGUGUGUCCUUAAAAGGAAAUAUGUAUUGGAUUGCUGGAGAAAAUCAUGGCCCACCAUUUAUCCAAAGUUUUGAUUUUUCCACGGAGAGAUUCAAGCAUAUGAGCAUAAUUCCUUUCGGCUGUGGUGCAUAUGAUAAUGUAGCCUUAUCAGCUUUUAGAGGAGAUAAGCUUUCUUUGCUUCGCCAACCCAUAGACGAAGAACAUUAUCAACUAGGGGAGAUUGAGGUAUGGGUCACAAACAGUGUCAAAGAUAGGGUUGUUUCUUGGACCAAAUUGUUUGUUGUGUGGAGACCUGAUCUGCCACAAUUUAAUCUCGGGGAAGAUCCUCCUCAUUCGAUGUUUUUUAUUGACCAAAAGAAUAGGAUUAACGUUACAUGUUCUGAAAGAUUAGUAACCAGUGGAAGCAACUGUAUUUGCGUCAACUUAUACAUUAUUGGAAAAGAUGGAUUCAAAAAAAAAGAGAUGGAAACACAUAGGGAGGAAAAGGAAUGGACAUAUUACUCUGGUUAUAUAUAUCUUCCAAGUCUAGUUCCGGUUCCAUAGUAUGAGGAUAUGCAUCUGCCCUCAAAAAAAAAAAAAAAAAGCAUACCGUUAAAUUUAAUGUUUUGUGAUAUAUUUUAUGCUAGCUCUAACUAAACUAAAUAAUUUAUAAAUAUUUUGUCAAAUCCCGUGGCAUCAUUAUGUAAGGAUAUAAAUAUAUUUCUGUUCAAGGCUUAAUGGUCGUUGUUUUGUGGAUUAAUUAGU